UACUGCGUUCUUUCUCAUUUUUGCUCAUUAAGGUAUAUUUAUUUCAGAGAUUUUAUAUUGCUGGGCUGUUCAUGCUGAUUAUUGCCACCAAAACAAUUUAGUUGCUAUAUGGCCGUCGCAGUUGCAAGUCGUUGCUAAAAAUUUUGGCAAUUCACUGACGAUGGUGCCCAAGUAUAUAAAAAGAGAUAAUACUCGGUCAAAAUAACUGGAACAAAUCUUCGCGUUCCAGGCUGUUGAUACGUCAGCAACGGUUGUUUGAAUAAGAAUGUAAAAAUAAAGAGCAGAAAAUUACUUUUUCAGUGGUUCAAAUUACGAAAAGCAAAAGAAGUGAUGGAAAAUUUGUCAAUCAGGGCUAAACACCCGCAAUGCGAAGAGGUGAUAAUACCAGCACCUUGGGGUCACAUAGCAGGCCGUUGGUAUGGCAAUCGAGCUGAUAGACCCGUUUUGGCGAUUCACGGAUGGCUGGACAAUCUGGGCACCUUUGACCGGCUGAUUCCCCUGCUUCCCGACUACAUAGGAGUGCUCUGCAUCGAUCUACCCGGACAUGGUAGAUCUUCUAGGCUUCCGCCGGGUGUGCCCUACAAUGUCUACGACUACGUGUUCAUCAUACCGAGGGUGAUGAAGGAGUUCGGCUGGUCCAAGGUCUCCUUAAUGGGUCAUUCGCUCGGAGGAGUGAUGAGCUUCAUGUACGCCGCCAUGGCGCCAAGCACAGUCGACAUGAUUAUAUCACUGGAUGUACUGCUUCCACGGAGGAUCGAGGAUCCCAGCAAGUUGACCAAGGACAUAGAGGGUUAUUUGCUGGAGGAGAGACGGCAGGCGGAUGGCACCGAACAUGAGCCGCCCUCCUUCACCUUGAGUAAGUUGCGUCAGACGCUCGCCAGGAACAGCAACAACUCGGUGCCGCAACACCUGGCCGAUCACAUGCUCCACCGCCAGGUGGCCAAGUCACAGAUGUACCCGGAAAAGGUGUUCUUCUCCAGAGAUGGGCGCGUGAAAUACUACCACAUAUUCGACAUUGAAAACGGUCUGGCUCUCGAAAUGGCAAGGCGCAUUGAGAGGAAGCCCUAUCUGGUAAUCAAGGGAUCCCUUUCGCCAUUUGUGGGACCCCGAUGUGACGAGACAAUGUCCAUUCUGGCCCAAGAUAACCCCAACUUUGAGUUCUACGAGGUGGAGGGCGGCAAGCAUCAUGUCCAUCUUCAUGCCGCCGAGGAGUGUGCCCGCUAUAUUGUUCCCUUCAUCCGAAAACACAGACCUCCAAGAAGCAGCAAACUUUAAUGUGCCUUUCAAGUUGUAGGAAUCAUAUAUUUGGGUGCAGUAAAAUAAACUAGAUAUUAAAACUUGGAGUAAGUAUUUGCGAAGGUUGCCCAUUUGAUACAUGGGAAAACAAUUAGGUCUCUGCUUUUAUACUAUUUUGGGCGUUUUGUUAUCAAAAAGCUUUUAUGUGGGCAGCUUUUUAAGUGUAUCUCGAUUACUGAUAUUCUA